AUGGUUUCAUUCAGAAAGCUAGCUUUCUUGCUCAACCUUGUCCCCUUCGCUGUGGCUGGACCUAUCGUUGCAGGAACUAUCGAGCCCCGGGAGCCUGCCGUCAAAACCGAGGGCAAGUACAUCGUUAUCUUGAAGGAUGGCGUCACCGCAAAAGGAGCGGAAUCUCACCUCGGCUGGGUCAACGAUGUCCAUAAGCGUAGCUUGGGACGCCGUGAUCUGACUGGGGUUGAAACCACAUACGAAAUUGGCGACAAGUUCCGUGGUUAUACUGGCCAGUUUGACGAGGCCACACUUGAGGAGAUCAAGAAGAACCCCGACGUUGCUGAGGUUGAACUGGACCAAACCUAUACCCUCUCUGCUACCAUGGCCCAGUCCGGCGCCCCCUGGGGCCUCGGCGCCAUCUCCAAUAGGAACCGCGGAUCUACCACCUACCGCUUCGACUCGAGCGCUGGCAGCGGCAGCUAUGCCUACGUCAUAGACAGUGGCGUCAAUGUUAGGCACGUCGAGUUUGGAGGUCGUGCAGUCCACGGAUACAACGCUGCUGGUGGCGCCUUUGACGAUACCCUCGGUCACGGCACCCACGUUGCGGGAACUAUUGCUGGAAGGACUUUCGGUGUUGCGAAGUCGGCCAACAUUAUUGACGUCAAGGUUUUCCGUGAUCGCGAAUCAUCUACUUCGGUUAUCCUCAAUGGUUUCCAGUGGGCUGUCAACGACAUCCUUAGCAAGGGUCGCCAGAGACGCGCUGUUAUCAACAUGUCACUUGGCGGUCCCUACUCUGCCGCUUUCAACUCUGCUGUCCGUUCCGCCUUCAACUAUGGUAUCCUCACCGUCGUCGCUUCUGGCAACGAGAACACCCCGGCCGCCUACGGUUCUCCUGCCUCUGCCCCCGAAGUUAUCACUGUCGGUGCCGUCAACUACAACUGGAUCGAGGACUCCUACUCCAACUACGGCCCCGCCGUCGAUAUCCUGGCCCCUGGCACUGGUGUCGUCUCCGCCUACAUUGGCUCCACUAGCUCCACUGCCGCUCUUACCGGAACCUCGAUGGCAUGCCCCCACGUCGCCGGUCUUGCUCUCUACCUUGCCGUCCGCGAGAACAUCAACAGCCCUGGUGCACUUACUUCCCGUAUCAAGGCUCUCGGCACCGCUGGCGUCACGCGCCGCAAGUAUAGAAGCCCUAACCUUAUUGCCUACAACGGUAUUGCUUAA